AUGUGUUAUUAGAGGAGGCGUGCAGGGUUUUGGACGCUAAAGCACCUUGCUUCGCACGUGAGGAGUGACCACCAUUCGCUUUCCAUACAGUGAGCGUUCAGACUGUGAAGAAUGGACUCCUGCGGACAUAUCGUCCCGUUUCUCCUUUUAAUUCUCCUCCACGAGGGACGGUCACUGCGCUGCGCGUGCACGACAGAUUUGAAAACGUGCGCGAGCAUCCACGAAGCACCGGCGGACUUCCAAAGCGCCCAGAACGAAUGCAGAAAACUGGGAGGUGAAUUAAUGCGAGCUGGGUCUUCCCACGCCAACGAAACCAUCGAGACUCUGCUCAUUAACACGAGCGGAGACUUCUGGAGCGGACUGGAAGCAGAAGACGCGUGUUCAAGUAAUGCGAUUGACUUGGCGGCGUGUAAGCAAGUGUGCAUGUCGGUUUCCAGAGGCAAGAACUUGACAGAAAGAGCGUGUGCGGACAAACUCGAUGGAUUCUUAUGUGACGGAGUUAGCUGGGACACAUGCUCGCUGAAUAUGACGGAAAAAGUCAUACUCUUAGAUAAGAAUGGCUGCAGUCAGGGUCCCUGUGAUGUCCGGUGCAAUCCAGUGGGCAGCGGGUACACGUGCGGCUGCUUAAAUAACUACAGACCGAGCCGUAUAAACCCUCAACGCUGUGAGUAUUACUGUUUAAACGACACGUGCAAGGCGUCUUGUUCGCAAGACAACAGUUUAUGCUCGUGUCCCCGAGGCUUCGUCAGACAUGAUGACUAUUUUUGCAUGGACAUAAACGAGUGCGAGUCCAACCACAACUGUGAGCAAACCUGCCUCAAUACCAUUGGAAGUUACGAAUGUUCUUGCAAGGAAGGCUAUUCUCUUGUAAAUGGGUCUGCGUGUGUUCCUAGACUGGAUUUUUAUGAAGGGCAGAACACUCCAAACACUGGAGGCUCGGUCAACGUUUCUUCCCUGAAUGACUUCUCCGGGCGGGUGGCCAGCCCCGGCAAAUAUGCUGGGAUUUCAGUGACCAUCUUGGCCGCUCUCUUCGGUCUCAUACUGCUCGUACGCUAUUUGCGUAAACGGAAACGUGAGGAAGGAGUGAAGGAGGACUGCGACGUUCUGAAUGACGCCCAGCAGGAACUGUAGGAUUCUGAUGCCGUGGUUCGACUUAGGGUCAGAGCACCGAUGACCACGCCGGUCAUCAACUGUUCUGUUGAUCCGCGAAGAUCGAUCUCUGAAUGUCUAAAGUUGCUCUACCGAGUUAAGAAUGUAUGUGGGAAUAUGUCUACAGUUGUAUUUUAAACCUUGUUUUCUUACUUCUACUUGUAUGUUAAAACAGUAGAAGUUUUUCACUGCUGCAUUUAUGGACAUACAUGCAUAUACAGUCGUAUGCAAAAGUUUGAGCAACCCCAGUGUUACACAUUUUGUUUAUUUUCUAUGUAAAAUAAGUGAAGAAAUCAUGUUAUUUGAUGAUGGGUACAUAAACAUAAGUCUGUAUAUGGGCUUGGAAAACAUUCACUGGUUUAUUAGUUAAAAAUGCAGUCAACUAUAUCAAAGUGUUAUUAUAGGUUUCUUCAAAGAUAAUGAUUCCCAGAUGAUUCCUAAGACUAAUGAUAUACAAUACUGUGCAAAAGUUAGAGACCCCUGUCAUUUAUUUAACUUCCAGUCAAAAUUGAUAUUAAGAACAAGUUAUUCAUUUUUCAGGUGGUAUUUCUGAGGAGAACAGAUGUAAGAUACACAGGUCUGUCCAUCCUUACACUGUGAGGAGACAACUGAACCCUAUGGGUCUGAAAGGAUGUGUAGCUGCCAAGAGGCUGUUACUGAGAAAAGAAAAUAGACAAAAAGGAAAAACGUUUGCAAAUCAAACAAAGAAGCUGCUGGUCUAUGGCUGGUCUUCUCAGAACAAUGGAUGACCACCCCAGAGCCCAGACCUGAACAUCAUUAUUUGGAUCAUGAGAAGCAGAAACUACUUCCACAAUUGAGCUUUGGAGGUGUGGAAACAAGUUGCUGCAGAUUUUUAGAAAAAACUGAACGAAAGUCUUCCAAAAAGAAUGGAAGCUGUAAUAAAGAUGUGUGAACUGAAAAUUAUUUUUAGUCUGACGGAGAUUUUUUAAGUGAAAGUAAUAAUUUAAAUAAUUUAAAUCAUAACUAAUUAUAUUAUGCUGUAAAGCUUUCUCUGGGCAACUCUCGCUAUGUGUGUGUGCUUGUGUGACCCCAACUAUGUGGUGUGUGCUAAGCAGGCCUGACUGUGUCAGGGGCUGGGGCCUGGAGAAGCACACACACACAGAUUCUGUAUGUACUAUUCUAUGAAGAAUGUCUUUGAAAGGACAAACACAUACGUAGAGAGACUCAGGUUGACAACAUUAAUCGUUGAUUUGAUUCCAUAGUUAGUUACACUGUGUGCUGGCCUUAAGGUUUAAUAAAAGAUUGUACCUUUCUCUGCCACAAGUUGUUAAAGCUAAUUGAAGCUAAUUUCUUGUUAAAUAUGUUUUUUGUCUUUUUGCUUGAUGCUGAAAAAUAAAUUAUUUGUACUAAAGGGCCAUUUUGACUGGAAGUUCAAGAAUGAAAUCAUGUACUAUGUAAAUGGGUCAGGAGUUCUAGCUAAAGGACUUCUUUUUGUAAUGGUAUGUAAACUGAAAUAUGAUGUUGAACAUUACAUUUCAUCUCAAAAAUAUCCACAGCAAUCAGGGCUGUUUUCAGUCAACUGAGAUUCUCUCAACAUGAGAUUGUCUCAGCAUGUCAAGUUUAAUUUACAGUGAAACAAGUUUACAUUUAAGUUCAGUCUUCUGUAAUUUUUAACAAAGUGGUUUCUCCACAGCUCUAUAUUUUGUAAAGUUAGAAGAAAAUAUAUGCAUCUUUUUGUAUUCAAAGAGAUAAAGUUAAAGAGCCAAUGUCUUCUUGCAACAAUAAAUUGAAUCAAAACCU